CUCCUCUGUUCUGUUCAGUAUAUGGCAAUCACUUCAUCCACCACUGCAGUGCACCCACCUGUGGGCCUGGGGGAGGGAGUGGGUUGAAAAACUGCUCAAGAACACAGAAGUUUAGGAAGGGUCAUGAAGAACACCGCAAGUGGAACUGCAGAGAGGGGGUUACACAGGCAGAAAGCGAGUCAACAAAAGCACUUAGUCAGGAUUCGUAACUUGAAAUUGACUCCUUUGGAAAUUGCCAUAGAACCUUUAAUGGACAUCAUCAGCCGGAACUGGGAUCUGAUGAAUCCCACAAAAGUCAGCACCUGCUACACAACAGAUGCUCUGAUCACCAAGGACUUGGUACUGAUUUAGAGAGAAGAGAGCAGCUCCUAGCAGCAUCAACAUCUAUUGGUCGUUUCUUUGCCCUGCAGCAAUUCACCUGCCUUUCCUUCUCCCAUCCUUUUACUGGAUAUGCUGCAGAAGGAUCCGUGCCAGAAACAAGCCUGUGAAAUACAGAAAUGUUUACAAGCCAACAACUACAUGGAAUCUAAGUGUCAGGCUGUCAUCCAAGAACUUCGGAAGUGUUGUGCUCGCUAUCCCAAGGGAAGAUCUCUCGUCUGCUCAGGAUUUGAAAAAGAAGAGGAGGAAAAGCUGACACUGAAGUCCACAUCAAAGUAAAGUUCUGCGGAGAAGUUCAAUGCUGCACCACCUUUCCACCAAGCGAGUUCUAUUUAUCCUCCUGACUCUUCAGGCCAGGUAGCAGCAAAUAGCAAAUGAAAAAGUCAACUAUAAAAGUUAAUAAAUAUGCCAUCUAUGCAGAACAGAUAGAAAUAUAUUAAACAAAUAUGUAGAAUGUAAUAAAACUGAGCUGCUAAAAUAAACCUGUUACGUG